CUUUAAUAACCUCCGUAUUCUCAGGUCUUGGCAAUGAAUAGCCCAGAGGUUCUCGACUUCAGUGAGCUGGAGAGAGAGCUGGCCAAUGCUGUGGCUGCGGAUGAGAAGUACCGAAGGGAGAACGAUGCCAAGUUCCGUGCCAUCCAUCAGAAAGUGGCAUCCUAUGAGGAGUUCAGAGAUAUUGUACUCGCAUCUAACCUGAAACCCUUGGAGCGGAAGGACAAGAUUGGAGGAGAUAGGAAGCAGCCAUGGAAUCCAACUGCCACAACAAGCAGCUCAUCCAGAGAGGCAGUUUGUACCGUAUUACAGGAAUCCUCUUUAGAACCCAGAAAUGCAUUUGAAUUUACCCGCGAGUGGCGCAGGAUAGACGUAAAGAAAAGAUACGACUUUCUGCUGCAAAUCGGAGCCAACAAACUGUCCCACAUCUUCCAUGCGGAGGUGUGCUCGGCACUCUUGGGAGAAAUAUUGCAGGUACUGGAGGGGAACAUCCUGAGAGUACAGUGGCAGGAAGUGUUGGACAUCUUGAGUUGCCUGGCACAGACACAACGUUUCGAUCUCAACCUGAUCUUCCUCAGCAAAGCUGAACGGGCAAUCUGCAGGGAAUUAUUUGGGAAGCUGCAAUGUAUAGUCAUGGAGGAAAAGGAAACUGAUGGUAAAAACAGUGCGAUGCUGAUCCAUCUUAUGUCUCUUUAUAAAGUAACAGAGCCCAGCAUCUAAAAAAAUAUAUAUUUAAUGGGUAUUGCUGAUUUAAAGGAUCAGUCUAUCCAAUAAUGAUUUAUAAAGUGCUGUCAGUAUUAAAUAAAUUGUCUGCUUCUUCCGUAAUUAGCUGGAUUCAAGAUAAUGGCUUAAAGGAGGUUCACCCAAAAA